GGCCAUCGGUCGGUCGUCUAUGGCUUCCCUUCCUCCUCGUGCCUCGACGAUCCGAACGAUUGCUCCCCUGCACUACUUGCUGCCACUUCUCCACUCUUCUCACUCUGCGAUUUCCAGCUCCCCAGCUCUACUCCUGCUGCUGCUCCUCCUCAUCCUCCUCAUGUCCUCCAGUUACAGCUUCCUCGUAUCGUUCCCCAAUCUGUCGUAGCACAGCUUCUGCAGAUUCUCCUCUUUCCUCUGCCCCCUACCCCGGCCUGCCUUCUGUCCUCUCUGUCGCUCGGCGAUUUCAGCUCAGUGUGUGUAUGCAUUUUUGUGUUUUGAUUUUGGUGAUUGUCGUCGUGGCUGCUACUGGCCCCGUGCGAGAAUUGGGAUUUUCCGAGCUCGGGUUGCGCGGAGGGGGAAGCAAUUGAGUGCCGGGUGCGGAAGUCGGUCAAAAUUCUUUCCGGAUGGAAGCUGUGUUCUGACCGGAAGGGGAUCAUCUCUUCGAUCGUCGAGACCUGCGUCGUGUCCAGCGCCGAGAUUGCAGACCUCGAGUGCAACGGGUCGAUGGAUAACUAUGAGAAGCUGGAGAAAGUCGGCGAGGGAACGUAUGGCAAGGUUUACAAGGCCAAGCACAAGAAGACCGGGCGGCUGGUCGCGCUGAAGAAGACUCGCCUGGAGAUGGAGGAGGAGGGCGUCCCUUCCACCGCUCUGCGUGAAGUGUCUCUGCUCCAAAUGCUGUCGCAGAGCAUCUACGUCGUCCGGCUUCUCUGUGUGGAGCACGUCGACAAGAAGGGGAAGCCUCUGCUGUAUCUCGUGUUCGAGUACCUCGACACUGAUCUGAAGAAGUUCAUCGACACUCACGGCCGUGGAGCCAACUCGAGACCCGUUCCGGCCAAAGUGAUUCAGAGCUUCAUGUACCAACUCUGCAAGGGAGUAGCACACUGCCACAGCCACGGGGUCAUGCACAGAGACCUGAAGCCUCAAAACCUCUUGGUCGAUAAGGAGAAAGGGCUUCUGAAGAUUGCUGACCUGGGUCUCGGCCGUGCCUUCACGGUUCCUCUCAAGAGCUACACUCACGAGAUUGUGACACUCUGGUACAGAGCCCCUGAGGUUCUCCUUGGUGCCAGCCAUUACUCUACUCCUGUGGAUAUCUGGUCUGUGGGUUGCAUCUUCGCCGAAAUGUCCCGGAAGCAGCCUCUGUUUCCCGGAGACUCGGAGCUCCAGCAGCUGCUCCACAUCUUCAGGUUGCUGGGAACCCCGAACGACCAAAUCUGGCCCGGAGUCCAAAAGCUGAGAGACUGGCACGACUACCCGCAAUGGCAACCACAGAACCUGGCCCGUGCUGUCCCCGACCUCGAUCCCAAGGGACUCGAUCUCCUCCGUAAAAUGCUGCAGUACGAGCCGGCGAAGCGAAUUUCUGCCAAGGCCGCUCUGCAUCACCCGUACUUCGACGAUUUGGACAAAUCACAGUUUUGAGCAGCGACUGACGGUCGCUAGCAUGCGGCCAGUCCGAACUCAUCGGCUGCCGGACCAGCAGUAGUAGUUGUAGUAGUAGAAGAAGAAGACAUGAUUGUGAAUACAUCUGACCGCCGGGUACAGAAUGAUGCGCUUCUCGGGUAAUAGGUAUACAUUGUAAAGUUAGGUCCGGACGCCGAUAGAAACGUUAUUGGAGGAAGGAAGGAAGGAAGGAAGGAAAGAAGAAAGGAAGGAAGGAAGGACGGACUGACGGACGGGAGAGACAGCUCCAGCUGUCGCGUUGCCAACCGUCGAUCUUCCGUCACGGAAUGGUGGAGACGAAGGAGAUCAGCGGUUUGAUCUGCUCGGGCCCAUCGCUGCGCUGCUGCAGUUCAGAGAGGAGCGGGUGGUUCUAGUUUCAGAACCAGCGUGUCGCGUUAACGGAUCUUGUCACCCCCCACGCCGCCCCCAUGGCCUUUGCGUUUGCUUUGCCACUGCCUUUCUAUUUAGCCUGCCCAAAUCGAAGUUUGGACAAGAUUAGCGGUAGGUUUUUACUUCCUCCGGGGUGCUAACCCUGUGGACGAAAGUCGUUUGGGAAUUGUUGCAACAGCGAUUUAAUGUCGAGUUUUUGUUGUUAACAAACAAUACAUUAUGACCAAAUUUUAUCCAUAACUGAGUGUCUUUCUCGUCG